GCGAUCCCCCGGAAUCUUCGCGCACAAGUUUGCUGCUUGUUUUCCCAACAUCUCUGUCAUUCAGCUGCGGUCGCAUCUGUGCAUGCUUACACUGUAGGGAAUCAUUCACUGUGGAGUUUUGUCGCAAACGCCGUCUGAACCGAGAGAUGCCCGCCGACGAUUGUCAGUGACGCAAAACCUGCCCUUGUGAUGGGACCGGUCGUAACCCCUCCGCUCAAAGAACAAUAAGUCUUAUUGAUUCCUACCAAGAAGCGCAGCCUUGCCCUUUUUUCUUAUCUCUCUAAGCUCUGCGCGAUAUAUAUACCGAAUUGUUUCUUUCCCAACAAUACACUCUAGAGAAAGAGGCAGGGUUGGACGUCAUCGAUCCACACCCCAUCGCCGCAGACAAGAUGGCAAUGAACUUCGUGACCUUUAACCAGGACUACAGUUACUUAGCUGUAGCGACUUCCAAGGGGUUCCGUAUAUUUACAACCGACCCCUUCGCCAAGAGCUAUGAGACCAAGGAAGGGAACAUUGCAAUAAUCGAGAUGCUAUUUUCGACAUCAUUGGUCGCAUUAAUUCUAUCACCGCGUCGCUUGCAAAUCACUAAUACAAAGCGCCAAUCUACAAUAUGCGAGUUGACGUUCCCCACCACUGUCCUGGCGGUCAAAUUAAACCGGAAACGACUCGUCAUUGUUCUAGAGGACCAGAUCUACCUUUACGAUAUCCAGACUAUGAAGCUGCUAUAUACCAUUGAGACAUCUCCAAAUCCCAGUGCAAUCUGUGCUCUAUCCCCCUCCUCUGAUAACUGUUAUCUUGCAUACCCUCUUCCGCACAAGGCGCCGCCUACAUCAUUCAGUCCUCCAUCCCAUGCGCCCCCGGGGAAUACGCAUGUGUCACCUACAAGCGGUGAAGUACUCAUUUUCGACACGCUAAAGUUAGAAGCGAUCAACGUCAUAGAAGCCCAUCGAUCACCACUAGCGUGCAUAACACUCAACAGUGAUGGCACUCUAAUAGCUACUGCCUCUGACAAGGGAACUAUCAUUCGGGUUUUCUCUGUUCCCGACGGCCACAAGUUAUACCAAUUCCGGCGAGGCUCGAUCCCUUCCAGGAUCUACAGCAUGUCGUUCAAUACAACUUCUACCCUCCUUUGCGUUUCAUCCUCCACCGAAACGAUACAUUUGUUCAAAUUGAGCCAGGGCCAGUCUUCCGAGAACUCCCGGUCCUCCCCAUCGGCUCCCGAAAGGACUCUCAGCCACAGUUCUCUGAGUAACUCUCCUGAUGAGGAUGAAACAGGUGGAGACAGAGACUCCGAAUUCCCUUCCCGGAAACACAAUGGCACUCUAAUGGGGAUGAUUCGGCGCACCUCACAAAACGUUGGAAGCUCGUUUGCCGCCAAGGUAGGCGGUUACCUUCCAAAAGGUGUUAGUGAGAUGUGGGAACCGGCGCGAGACUUUGCCUGGAUCAAACUUCCCAGGUCGAACCCCGGUCCUGGGGGUAAUGGUAACACCGGGCCGCUGCGAAGUGUGGUGGCGAUGAGCAGCAACACGCCUCAGGUGAUGGUGGUGACUAGCGAUGGCAACUUCUACGUUUUUAGCAUUGACCUUUCGAAAGGCGGAGAAGGAACCCUAACCAAGCAGUACUCAGUACUUGACGCCAAUGAUAGACUAGGUUACUCCAUGACGGAUUAUUGAUUGCCUUCCUCUUUCUCACUAAGAGCUUACGUUCGCUACGACUCAUUCUGGUGUUGUGUAUUGUGAUCUUUGUUAAUAGUAGCGGGUUUGUCUUGUUCUAAUCUUUAUCUUGUUUUGAUCAUCUAUCCAGCCAUACACCCCGCCAUCCUUCUCUUCCUGAAUCAUUUAAUGUAUGCCACCUGGCGUUGGCUGUUUUCAGAUGCUUUUUGCUAUUUUCCAGCCAUCUAUCUCAUGAGCUAUUGCUAAUGGCCGCACUCCCUUCAUAUCUCACUAUCGCUUGUUUUUAAUAUGAACAUGAAUGACCCCAUGAAUUAACACAUUA